AUGCUAAAUGUUUUGAAGAUCAAUAAAAAUACGUAUUUAUACCCAUUAAUUACUGCACAAAUUCGACAUAAAACCAAAACACACUGGGCGAAGCUGAAAAAGAAAACUGGACCCAAAUAUAAGGCAAUAAAUCAUUUUGAUGAUUUUUACGGUUCUGUUUUCGGCGAUCAGUGGAUGUCAAUGAGGGAAGCUCUCUUUCGACGUUCAAAGUAUGUUGCUGUAGUAAAUAACUACGGGGAUACUGAAGAAACAAUGGAAGACUUGUCGCACAAAGGAGCACACUGUUUAAAAAGGUUAAUGUCUGUACAACAAGAGUUUCAUACAAAUUAUCCAUUAGAACCUACUCAGGAGAAAGAAAGCAAUGAUAAUUCAAUUGGAAAUUACAUAUCAAAACUUCAGAGUGAUGAAAUUACUAGUAUUUAUCCACAAAGUCAUGAACUGCCAGAAAAAUUGGAACUAAAAGAUACAAUAUUAAACAACACAGAGGAAGUUCAAAUUGAAAAAGAAAAAUCUGUACAUAUAUCAAAAAACUUGGACGAAGCAAUAGAUCAAGCAGACAUCGACUAUAGUCGCAUCAUAGAUCCAGCAAUGGGAAUAUCUUCAGAAUCUUUGUACCAGUAUGUGCCAGCAACAAAAUUAAAGGGCAUGGAGGAUUUUGUUCCUGAAUCCCUACAUUAUUCUUUCUAUUCUGCCCAGAGUGGAGAUUUCCCAUUAGUAAUAGAACCAGAAACCGAAUUUAAAUUUCCAGAAUAUUUGAAAAUUAUGACAUAUGAAACUGGUAGUGAAAUGUAUAAAUUUUCUGAACCAAAGAGGUCUAAUACAGGUGUAUUCAAUUACUACCCACUAGAUGGUAGUAGUGUGCUGCCCGUAUUGGCAUUGUGUCUUCAACAAGGCGAUAGAGUAUUAGAUUUGUGUGCAGCACCAGGAGGCAAAUCACUUAUAGCUUUACAGACUUUGUUACCGGAUGUACUUGUGUGUAAUGAUAGUUCUAUAUCUAGAUCUAAUAGAUUAAAAAACAUAUUACGCAACUACUUAAUUGACUUUAGGACAAACAACAAAUGGCAGGAGAGAGUUGUGUGCACUAACAAAGAUGGAAGAUUGUUCACAGAUGAUAUGGGAUUUGAUAAGGUUUUAGUAGAUGUUCCGUGUACAACAGACAGACAUUCUUUGAAUGAGGAUGAUAAUAAUAUAUUCAGACCGGAUAGGAUAAGAGAGAGACUUAGGAUACCGGAGUUACAGUCGCAGCUGCUUGUGAAUGCCCUACGGCUGGUUCGUGUGGGCGGAGCGGUUGUAUAUUCGACGUGUUCUCUAAGUCCCAUACAAAAUGAUGGCGUCGUGCAUUUAGCUCUCAAACAGGCAUUUGUCGGUGAUAAUAUAGUCGCUGUUGUCAAAGACAUGACAGUACCCUUCAGUAGUCUUAGUAGCACAUUGAUGCUUGGCCAAGGAAGCGCGAAGCCGAAGUACGGUCAACUUGUAGUUCCACAUAUUGAUGCUAACUUUGGACCCGCCUAUACCGCCAGACUUGUUAGAGUUAAAUAA